GGUGUAUUACAUCUUUGCCAUGGUGGGGAUGGAGUUGUUCAAAAACAAAGUGAAGUUCUACGAAGACAUCAGUCACCCUGAGAAGGCAUACUGUGGAAACUCGUUACUGAAAGGCAGCACGUUUGCACAACUCAACUACUGCAAAAAUAAUUUCAAUAAUGUGGUUUCCUCCUUUAUCCUGCUGUUGGAGCUCACUGUUGUCAACCAAUGGCACGUGCUCGGCACCGGAUUUGCCACAGUCACUCAUAAAUCAGCCCUGAUCUUCUUUGUCCUCUUCCACGUCAUGGUUGUGAUCAUCAUCAUCAAUAUCUUUGUGGCGUUUGUUCUCGAGGCGUUCUUUGUGGAGUACUCUGUGGGUAAAGGUGAUCUGCAAACAUCUCUGGAGAGGAAGAUUGAGGAACUGGAGCUCGCCGUGGCACAGGAGAAACUAGAGGACAAUUUGGUCAACGCCAUGGAAACCACUGACAACGACUUAGGAUCUGGGCAGUCACCCACAGCAAACCUGCCUUCGCUACUAUUUAAAGUUUCUUCCAAAAGAUACCGGACGGUGGACGCGUUGUUGCAGCGGAUGUUCGAGGCGGACCUCGACCCAGAGGAUUUUGCUGAGAACGACAUUCCUGAAGACCAGGCUGGGAACUUUGCAAAUCCAACAUUUGGAGUAGCAUAGACAAUUCAGCACAACUUCAUAGCAUAUACAUAUGAAAAAAGAGAAAUUGUAUCAUUAGACAUUUUACAUGUUGAAAUGCGAUGCUUAACCAGUGCAAUGCAUCAACUGUUUGAUUGCAUCAUGACCCGAGUUUUAUUUUUAUACUUGAAUACAAAAGCAAAAUGUGUAGAAUGAAAACAGAUUUGUAUUUUCGCAUAAAAGCAUGUUUACAUUGAUGUCUUGUGUGUUGAAAUAUUUGAGGGAAAAAACCAGAACAUUGUAACUUUUUUUUCAGAUGAAACGAGCAAACGUCUUGCAUUUUUAUUUGCACUGAAAAAGCAAAUGGCAUGUUGUAUUUAUUUUCUAUACCAACAGGUUCAUCUCAGUAAAUGGCAUUAUCACCAAACUCUA